AUGGUAGUUCUAGGUAGAAUUGCUAAGGUUUGUUCGGUGAGACAGACUGUGGAAUCGUUUAGACGCUUUAAAAGGCUUGUUCUGGAGUUUGAUACUACUUGUUAUAAUGCAUUGUUGAGGACAUUGUGUCAAGAAAAGAGUAUGAGAGAUGCCAGGAAUGUUUAUCAUAGUCUGAAGCCUGAGUUUAGGCCUGAUUUGCAAACUUUUAACAUACUGUUAUCUGGGUGGAAGUCAAGUGAGGAAGCUGAUGGGUUUUUUGAGGAGAUGAGGCAAAUGGGUAUCAAACCAGAUAUUGUCUCGUACAAUUGUUUGAUUGAUGUGUACUGUAAGGGUAGAGAGGUUGAUAAGGCCUAUAAAGUAGUUGAGAAAAUGAAGGAGGAGGAAAUAUCGCCGGAUGUGAUUUCAUAUACGAGUAUCAUUGUGGGAUUGGGGUUGGUCGGGCAGCCAGAUAAAGCUAGAGAGGUUUUAAAGGAGAUGAAGGAAUAUGGGUGUUAUCCAGAUGUUGCAGCAUAUAAUGCUGCUAUUAGGAAUUUUUGCAUUGCAAAGAGGCUUGGUGACGCUUACAAGCUGAUGGAUGAAAUGGUAGGCAUGGUUUUGAGCCCAAAUGCAACUACUUAUAAUGUGUUCUUUAGGUCAUUUUAUUGGUGCAAUGAUUUGAGAAGCUCGUGGAGUUUGUAUCAGAGGAUGAGGGAAACUGGGUGUUUGCCAAACACACAGUCUUGUAUGUUUCUGAUAAGGUUGAUUAGGAGGCAGGAAAAAGUGGAGUUGGCGCUUGAGAUUUGGAAUGAUAUGGUGGAGAAGGGGUUUGGAUCAUAUAUUUUGGUGUCUGAUGUGUUGUUUGGUUUGCUUUGUGAUAUGGGAAAGUUGGCCGAAGCAGAGAGGUGUUUCCUGCAGAUGAUAGAGAAGGGGCAUAGGCCAAGCAAUGUAUCAUUUAGAAGAAUCAAGGUGCUCAUGGAAUUGGCUAAUAAGCACGAUGCACUUCAGAAUUUGUCAGAGAAGACGGAUCAUUUCGGUUCAUCAAUCCUAACUCCUAAAAAUGAAGAGACUAUGGCAAUGUCAAGUUCAGAGUUGAUUCCAUGCUAAAUCUAGUCUGAAAAACGAAUCUAACCUAAAACCCAAAAUCUAUGGAAAGAAUUUCAAAUAGCACCCUAUGAACUGGUAGGAUCGUAUUAGAAGGCCAGCAUGCCAUAUGAAAUGGAUAAAGAUUCAGGUUCCUUAGGAAUCGAUUCUCUUUUCCUACUAUUCAUCUGGUAAGAGAGCAUAAAUCAAAUUUGUUCUAAUGUUUAUGAAACUUCCCGUUAAUUUCGCAAAUAUCUAGAUUGUGGAAAUUUCUUUGAAACUUGAAGGUGGUUCUUGAGGUAAUUUCCAGUUGAGAAUCCAGACUGCUUCGCCAUCAAAUGGUCUGCUUGAGAACUCAUAUUAUAAGGUACACUAUCUCUAGCAUCACUUUUUUAGAUUCCUUCCAUCUUCUUGAAGACUUCAGCAUUGGCAAUUUACCAAGUAUUUGUGGUUGAGAUUUGUUGAUGCAUAUCAAGAAGAGGCCGGCCUUUUACAUUGUGAUUGGGGUGGGGGCAUUGUACCAAAUGACUUUCCUAGUCAGAUUUUAAUACUUUUUAAGUAUUUUAUAAGCACUUUUGCUUGAUUAAAUGUGACCCAUGGCAUGAUGUAUUCAUUGAAG